UUCCGGGGAACCGGGACUGAACCGGGACCGUUCUGGGGUAACUGGGAACUUACUGGGGCUACUGGGACUGAACUGGGGUUACUGGGAACUUAUUGGAGUAACCGGGACUGUACUGGAGUUACUGGGACUGUGCUGUGGUAACUGGGACCGACCCAGGUUAAACAGAACCUUACUGGGGUAACUUGGAUCGGCCCAGGGGAUCCGGGACCGACCCGGAGUAACUGGGACUGAACAGGGACCUUAAUGGGCCCGGCCAUGCCACUGCCUGUCGCUCUCCAGUCCCGUCUGGCCAAGCGGGGGCUGCUCAAGCACGUGGAACCCGAGCCCGAGGAGGAGAUCAUUGCUGAGGAUUACGACGAUGCCCAUGUGGAUUAUGAGGCCUCGCGGCUCGAGGGGCUUAUGCCGCCCUGGUACAAAGUGAUCGACCCCACCUGUGGCUUGCCCUACUACUGGAACGUGGAGACCGACCUGGUGUCGUGGCUGUCGCCGAACGACCCCAACUCCGUCAUCACCAAACCCGCCAAGAGAGUCAAGGGGAACCCAGAGCCCGAGGAGCCCCCGGAGAGGAGCCACGAGAAGGAGGAGCCGCGUGAGCGCCGCAGCCACCGGCGCGAGGAGCUGGCGCCGUACCCCAAGGGCAAGAAAGGCAGCCGCAAGGACGAGGAGCUGGACCCCAUGGACCCCAGCGCCUACUCGGAUGCGCCCCGCGGCACCUGGUCCACGGGGCUCCCGAAGCGCAACGAGGCCAAGACGGGCGCGGACACGACGGCGGCUGGGCCUCUGUUCCAGCAGCGGCCGUACCCCAGCCCCGGGGCCGUGCUGCGCGCCAACGCCGAGGCCUCGCGCGGCAAGGACUGAGCGCGGCGGCGCUGACACCCCAAACAGGAACCCCGGAGAUGGGAACCCCCAACAUGCGACAGACACCCCCAAAAACGAGACACUCCCAAAAUGGGACACCUCCAAAAAUGGGACAAACACCCCCAAAAACGGGACACCCCCAAAUGGCCUCCAGGAAUCCCCAAAAAUGGAACAGACACCCCCAAAAACGGGACAGACACCCCAAAAAUGGGACAGCCCCAAAACAGGACAGAUACCCCCAAAAACAGGACAGACACCCCCAAACUGCCUCCAGGACCCCUCAUACCCCAGGGAUCCCCCCAAACCUCACCCGAAACUUCGCCUCCCCCCACCUUUUGUUGCAAUAAAGGGAGCACAGCCCCUGGG